GGGUGCGCUUGGAUGUCGCUAUUCGUUCGUUGUAAUAAUUUUAUCAUUACUUCUGAAUAUUUUUUAACAAUUUUUAUAAGUCGUAUCCAUCGCUUUUAUAUGUGAUUGUGCAAAAAGUGCUCAUAGUGUAUUUUGUUUUAAUAAUGCUAUCCAAUGCAUCCUUGCACUGAAUAUGGCUGAGGAAAGACUUGUAGUUCUAAACCGAAGUGACAACUUAGGUUUCGGAUUUUCAUUGCUAAGUGAAGCCGGUUCGCCUCACAUAAUUUACAAAAUUGAAGAAAAUUCUCCAGCAUCACGCAGUGGCGAGGUAGAGACAGGAGAUGUAUUGCUCAAGGUGAAUGGGACUGAUGUGAACCGGUUCACGACAAGGGAAGUUUUAAAAUGUUUACGACUCUCAUCGGAUCCCGUCACAUUACGACUGAAAAAGGAUCCACAGAUCAAAGCAAACGUAAGGAGAUACCUCACAGCCGCCGCCGAGCGACGGAAUAGUGGUCCCCGGAUUAAAACUGAAAAACCGAACUCUCCAAUAUCCAGCAAUUCAAACAGCAACUCGUCCAGCAAUUCGUCGAGCAACGGGUCGGGAGUACAGUCGGGGGAGAGCUGUGAAGCUCUUCUUACAGAAGACAGGCUUCGACCGAGGGCUAACCAGCCCAAAUUCGAAGCCUACAUGAUGACGGGAGAUCUGAUGCUGAAUCUGUCGAGGGUCGAACAUCCACAUCACAAUCAUCACGCGCCAACACAUAGAACACAUUAUCACAGAUAUAAUUCAACACCGGCGUCUCCGAGUGAGAACAGAAUAGCAGCGCGAGUCGAACUAUCCCACAGACACAAUUCCUCACCAGACACAGGCUUACUUGGGGAACAUGCCAAAUUAUAUAACUCUCAACCUGCGUCUCCGGCAGGCGGCGCCGCAUCUACCGGUGAAAUAUCAUCACGAACACAGCAACAGAUUGUUCGCACUUCACGCUCUGAAGAUCACUUACAGAAGGAGUCAUCUCUAAGCGCUGUGGCGGUAGAUAUGGAGGAGGAUGUGACGUCAUCGCUGAACACGCUGUUGGACGCGCGACCGGAUUCCGCCACACCCGGACCUAGAUCUGACUCGGAUGAGAGAGACAGGAUCGUAUGGACCUACAACGCGCCGGUGUCUCAAUGCAAUGGUUCUGCCGCCACUUCCAACUCUACCUCCAUAUCUGAUGGGAUCUCACAGCGGUCUUCGUCACCCGCAUCUCCAACGUCAGCAUCAUGGUCCGCCUUAUCCCCACCUCAUAGACAACACCUCGUGCCGCAACACCAUCGCACACUUAACGGUGACAUGAGCCUAUCAGAGGCCGUGUCGAACAUAUCUAGUCCAGACUUCCAAGACCAAGACGACAUGUUUGAAACUGGCCGGGAAUGUCCUCGCAUGGAGUUAUCCGACCCAUCAGAUUCGGAUUCCACGAUUCUGGUUUCCGAACCUUGCCACAAACGUGCAAAAUCGGCAACGUUAUCCGAUACCAGUGAUGUUACACUUAACGGCGCUGACAAAGACUAUAGAAUAGUGAUACAAGUGAAGGGGCCGGAUAAGGGCAAUAAUAAUGACAAUUUGAAUAAUAACAAUAAUACAAAUUAUGCUCAAAAUGGUAAAGAGAAUGGUUGCACGUCGCCGGAGAAUCAGGGUUAUCAGGAAUUGGCUUCAGACCAGGGGUCGGACGAAGGAUCUGACGUUGACUCUUUACACUCGUUCCAUUAUAGUCCGAAGGCAGUGGAUAUUCCGUCGGCUGAAAGGCUCGCUAAGCGGCUUUACCACCUCGAUGGCUUUAAGAAGUCAGAUGUAUCGAGACAUCUUAGUAAAAACAACGAUUUCUCAAAGGCAGUAGCAGAGGAAUAUGUAAAACAUUUCGAACUGACGGGCGCGACGCUAGAUGUCGCUUUACGGACGUUUUUAUCAAGAUUCGCGCUCAGCGGGGAAACCCAGGAGAGGGAACGAGUCCUCGUUCACUUCUCCAGAAGAUAUUUGGAAUGUAAUCCCGGCUCUUUUAAUUCACAAGACGCCGUACACACAUUAACCUGCGCGAUAAUGCUGCUAAACACUGAUCUUCACGGAUGUGGUGGCGGCUCAUUUCGCCGGAUGUCCUGUGCGGAGUUUAUAGACAAUUUAGCAGAUCUCAAUGAUGGCGAAAACUUCCCACGGGAGACGCUCAAACAGCUUUACUAUGCGAUACGAACACAGCCUCUACAAUGGGCGUUAGACGCGGAAACACCAGCGGCAGCGAGUAACGAGAAUCGAAACAAUGGUGGUGGAACUAACCCAUUCCUUCAUGUGCCGGACCAGAGUCGGGCAGUCGAGUACAAGAAGGGUUACGUCAUGCGAAAGUGCUGUGUCGAACCUAACGGGAAAAAGACUCCAUUUGGCAGAAGAGGUUGGAAAAUGUUCUACUGCACUUUGCGAGACUUAGUGCUGUACCUACACAAGGACGAACACGGAUUCCGACGGAGUCAGAUGUCCGACAAUCUUCACAAUGCAAUACGAAUACAUCACGCGUUAGCCACAAAGGCAACAGAUUACACAAAAAAGCAACACGUGUUUAGACUACAGACUGCGGACCAGGCCGAAUACUUAUUUCAAACAAGCGAUUCAAAGGAACUAAACUCCUGGGUUGAGACGAUAAACUUCGUGUGUGCUGCGUACUCAGCUCCACCUUUAGCAGGCGCAGUCGGGUCACAACGCAAGUUUCAGAGGCCGCUACUGCCCUGCUCGCAUACUAAGCUCUCUAUGCGGGAACAGUUAGCGGAUCACGAGGAACGCGUGUCCCGUUUAGAAGAGGAACUGGCAGCCCUGAGACACGCGAGAGAUCACUCCAGAGAACAACAGCACUGUCGAGAUAAAGACCACUACCUCGUCUAUGAAAUAAAAAGAUACCGCACGUACGCGUACGUGAUGCGUACGCGUAGCGGCGGCACCGGCGCCGAGGAGAGCGCGCCCGCUCUGCCCGAGCGCAACGAGAGGCCUCCGUGACGGGCCAUGGCGGUCUUCGCCGCCUGCGUCUUGUGACUGCCGUGUGUCCCCGACCCCACCUACCUGCCCGUAGGACAGUGAUAAGUGACCUGUAUCGGCAAAUAUUUUCAAUUGUGAUUUCAUGCUUCCGCCCCAAAUACCCAAUACGCGUGCCGUAUGUCCCAACGUAGGUGAUUUACCAAAUAUCGACUUUGGAUCCCAGAAUGUGUUGGCCUCAUACCCAACCCCACAAGAAUAGUCACAAGUAAUUGCGCAGUAUUUUGUAUUGUUAUUGUCUGACAAAUCAAAAUGAGGAGGGAAAUCUUGAAAUCAAAUGUGUAUGAACUAUAACUAUUUGAUGCCUAUAGUUUAUAAAAGUAAGUCAUUGUCUAUUUUUGGCACGAACCCAUUUACAUGAAUAUUAAGAACUUUUCCUGUCUCAACCAAUAAAUUAUCAUUAAACUCCUUGGAAUGAGGGUUAAUUUUUCAAAAAUAUUUAAACAUGUUAAAAAUUAUGUGAGUCCUUAAAGAAAAGUCAAUUUGCAGUGCUCAGAGUUGGGCAAUAUUAUAAAAUCAGUGAAACUUCAUAAAUCAUUAAGAUGUAUGUCAUUCAAUGUGUAUUAUGCGUGUAAGCAUGUGUAAAGCCGAUUUAAUUUAUUUAUUUGUCCUGCGGCGAGUUUUGGCCUAAUAUGUGAAAAUCUUUUCUCUUAAAAAUUUGCUCAUUAUGCCGAAUUAUAUUUUGAUAUCAUUCUUUAAUUUUUGCCCUAAAGGCUUUAUGUUAUUUUUCUUUUAGAACAAAAAUAUAACUACAUACUAGGAUGUUUUUAUUGAAAAUUGUGUAUGUUGUAUAUGGCUAGUGUGAUUUUGUCAUGUACAUAAUUGGAUGAAGUACUGACAUUAAAAAAAAAUUUCGAACAUAUCUCAAGGGGACACGAAAAUUAUGACCUCUUUAGCGUCAUUUUAAAUUUGUUUUUGUUAUGGUGCAAUACUAAAUUAUUUAUUUUUUUAAUUUAUGUUUCAAAAUUCUGUAAGUCCUCCAUUUCUUUCAUACAUUUUGUACGACAAAAUUAUAAGCUUUGCACCAAAAGCCAUAAUUGUGCAGAAAAUUUAGAUAGGAAUUAAGUAAGCCAAGAAUUUUACUAAAUAUUCGUAUGUGUAACGGUAUCAUCGAAAGUUUGAGUCAGUUCAUUUUAAUCCAUCAAAAGACUGAAUAUUAUACUCGGCGAGUAUACAUUCCAAUUAUACAGCUGAUAGGACAACAUGGUAUGUCCACACUGACGACAAAAGUCUAAGCUUUAAAUAUCUUUCUAAAUCAAUGGCAAUGUAAUACAACUUUUUUAGAGAUAGAUUGCUGUUUUACUAAUUUAAAAAAAAAUAUUUGUAUUAUGUUUAAUACUACAUUUAUAGAGAUUUACAACUAAUUAAUAACUGUGCAGGCUUCCUCUUUGUUGUACCCACCGUUAUUGAUUUGUGAGCUUAUUGGGAAACAUUCAUGACAAAACAUUUAUUAAAUAAAUAUCUAUAAGCUAGGCUCUAGUCAGAUCUGGUAAUCAGUGUGGAUGUACCCUAACACAUAUAGUCAACAUUGCUUUAUCGAAUUUACGUUAAUAUUAGGUUCGGGAGCGUGUCAUUAUAAAAAUUACAAUUAAUCUUAAUAGUUAACCUUAAAUCACUUAAUCACACAUCUAGUCCUGUCUUCCUAAACAUAGUGUGCAUAGAUAAUGUUUCACCGAUACAUAGCUGAUGAAUUAUUUAUGAUUAGAUAUUAAAGUACAUUAAAUCAUAGAGUAUUAUGUUAAUCUCAUGUAAUAUUUUGCCGUCUUGAAUGUGUGUAUGAUAAGAAAAUACUCUCUAUGGUUAUUAUAGGCAAAAAUUGAAUUGCAAAAUUUUUGUGAUAUUUUCUGUUUAAGCUAUGUUUUAGUUGUUACACAUGAUUUGUAAUCUGUAUAUUCAUAAAAAGCAGAUGAAUAGGAUUAGUUAACAAAAAUCUAAAUCCUGUGCUUGUUCGAUCAUUCGAAAUUUCUCAUUUUAUUAAUCAAACAUACUGACUCCAUGAAGUGUUUCUACAUAAUAAUCUGCAUUAAUCCUUUUUGAAAAAGCAUAUGAUCAGAAUUGGUUCACUCUUUGGUGUUAGUCAUAUUGCUUGGGGUUAAACAACAAAAUUUCUACUACAGUAAUUUCUGUAAUACCAUUUAAAAAAAGGAGAUUGUAUUCAAAUAAACGAUGCCUUGUUAAAAUAUCAUUGUAGGCAUGUCUUAUUCAGUUACUGGUUAUUAAAGUUGAUUUUAACAUUGAAAAGUCCGCAAAAUGUUAAUAGGCAUAUUGAAUUGAGAGUAUAUGAAUCAUUCCAUAUUAUAUUUGUUGCUUACAGCGCACAAUUAGUGAGCAAAGACUAUGGCUUAAAAUGCGCUUUAUACUUUAAAUAUUGUACUCGGUAUUAUACUAACUUGAAUUUGUAUUGUAAAUAUAUUUUAAUAUUGAGACUGAUGUGAAGUUAUUUCUUUUAUAAAAUGUCUAAAUUUUCAGAUACAUUGGACAAUUGAUAUUACCUUUUUACUUUUUCGAAAUCAUUUAAGCUUUAUUUAUAAAUAAAUGUAGUGGUAUUAAAUUGAUAGUGCCAGUAAAGUGAUAUUAGGGCCCUUGUAUGUAUUUAUUAUUACUUUAGCACAUAUUCUACAAAUCUUAAGUGUACUGUAUUAAUGGUCUAUGCACCACUAUCACAUAUUUAAUAUACUGUAUAACUAUUUAACUAUGUGUUAAAGUACCUAUGAUCAUUUAUCUAUUUUUAAAGAAGGUACUUAUUUUGGUGUUUGCAACCUAGACUGCAGAAAACCUAAUGGGAUCAAAUGAUUCUCUUAAAUAUCAAGACAACUCUCCAUCUGAUUUUCAUAAAAGUUUAAAUUGUAAUACAAUGCACCCUUUAAUAUUGUGACUGCAUCACAAUUGGUAAUUUUGUCCAACAAAUCAAUGUAAAUAGUAUAUUUUGUAUGGUUUAUUUACAGGUUACUUUUAUUUUUUAUUAUUUACGACCAUGUAUAGUUUGAUUAAGUUUUGAGUUUUAAAUAAAAGAUGAUUUGUA